AGGUAAAUGUGUCAGUACAGUACCAAAUAGCCAUCAUAAAACGCAUAAAAAACGAUGCUGGAAAAAUAUUAUUUUGCAUGAAACAUAAAUUAUAAACUUGAGAAUUAAAGCAACCAAAAGUAUCCGCACAAAAAUAUUAAAUUGUUCGGUACGUUUUUAUUCAGUAUUCCAAAGUGAUUAUAAUAUUUGUGCUCAGUGUUGUUGGUUGGAACCUUCAAUUUAACUCGAAUUAAAUUAUAUGAUUCAGAUGUGUUUUCAUGUGCAAUUAUUGAGUUCAUCGUCUAAAUUGAAACAUCCGCAUCCCAACUUAUAAGACAAGAUGUCAACCUUUUGGCCUUCAAACUCUCGUUGCUCGACGUAAAUACUUUGCAAUCAUAUUUUUACGCGAUAUUAUCACUGCCCGUGUAAAUUGCAAUUUUCUUUUGUCCCUGAAAAUCGUGGAUUAACUGAGGGAAAACAAUUCGACUAGAAAAUAAAAGCAAUAACUCUAAGAGUCUCAACAAAUCGGUUCGUCAAAGUAAUGAUUGGUAUUAAUCGAAGAAGUGUGGGUUCUGGUCCGCCAAUUAAUACACCAUCCUCACUAGACGACACUGCAAGUAAUUGGAAGGGUGGUGCUUCUAGCGAAAAUUCGAACAUGAUCGGAGGUUCAAGUGGCUCUGGUGGAAACUCAGACGGUCAAGGAGGGGUGACUUCUGGAGGAUUUCCACAAGGUGGUCCAUAUGGCGGAGGGGGUCCAAUAUUUCCACAAACUGGGCAGUCAUCUCCAGCUGGAAAUCAGUCGUUGAGCGGAUAUCAGGGUGGACCACAACCAGGAUCAAACACGCCACAGUAUAAUGCUUCACCUGCUCCUUCAGGUUCAUCUACUCCCGGUCCAGGACCACCACAAAACAUUGUAAACGUAAGUUUCUCACAGCCACCAAAUGCGGGAGGUGGUUCGUUUAAUAAUCCAGUUGGUGGAGGAGGAGCUUUUGGUUCACCAUCUUCUGGAGGAGGCCCUCAAUUCGGGCGACCAGGAAGUUCUGGUCCAUCAUUUAGUGGUAUGCCUAAUGCCUCUGGUGGACAUUUUGGAUCACCGGGGGUUUCAGUAGGGUUCGGCGGACAAUUUGGUGCAAUGCCAGGCGGCUCGCCCUUUGGUCACGGCCCUGGCGGGCAUCCAAUGAUUGGCGGGUCACAACAAUUGGAAAGAAUGGAUGCAGGUCUUCGGAGACACAACUCAUAUUUUAGCCAUACAGAACACAGAGUUUUCGAAUUGAACAAACGUCUGCAACAGAGAACAGAAGAAAGUGAUAACUGUUGGUGGGACUCUUUUACCACAGAAUUCUUUGAAGACGAUGCUAAACUUACAAUUCUGUUUUGCCUCGAAGAUGGUCCGAAAAGGUAUACAAUUGGAAGAACUCUUAUUCCUAGAUUUUUUCGAAGCAUAUAUGAAGGUGGUGUUUCUGAUCUGUAUUUUCAACUUAAGCAUGCAAAAGAAUCAUUUCAUAACACAUCGAUUACCUUAGACUGCGAUCAUUGUACAGUUACUACACAACACGGAAAACCUUUCUACACAAAAGUUUGUGCAGAUGCAAGGCUCAUCUUAGAAUUCAUUUAUGAUGAUUAUAUGCGAAUAAAAUCUUGGCACAUGACUAUUAAAGGUCAUCGGGAACUUAUUCCGCGUACUGUAAUAGGUACAACUCUGCCACCAGAUCCAAUGAUUUUGGACCAAAUAACUAAAAAUAUUACAAGAAUGGGCAUAACAAAUUCAACGUUAAACUAUCUUCGCCUGUGUGUUAUUUUAGAGCCAAUGCAAGAGCUGAUGUCUCGACACAAGGCAUAUGCGUUGAGUCCCCGAGAUUGUUUAAAAACGACUUUAUUUCAAAAAUGGCAAAGAAUGGUUGCACCGCCGGGGAAAAAAGAUCCCCAAAGACCCGCAAAUAAGCGCCGAAAACGUAAAGGAUCAAAUUCUGGAGCAGCAACAGGAAGCAAUACUCCGCCUGUCACAAGCCAAAAACGUUCUCCCUCUGGACCAAACUUCUCUUUAGCAUCUCAAGAUGUUAUGGUCGUUGGAGAACCUACUCUAAUGGGAGGAGAAUUCGGUGAAGAAGAUGAGCGCUUGAUUACACGUUUAGAAAAUACACAGUAUGAUGCAACCGUUGCGUUAGAACACGAUAACCAUCCUGCAUUCGGACACGCUGACUCUCCCAUGGCAGGAAAUAACCCAUGGAAUAUUGAGCGAUCGGGAGGCGUGCCUCCCAGUCCUAGUAGUGUUCCAGGUCAACAGAAUAACCCUAAUAACGAUGUAGAAAAGAAAAGUCCAGCUGUAUCACAGUGACGAAUAGAAAAUCGAUAAUUUUUAAAUAUAAUUUGAUUUUAUAAAUUAUUUGAUUUGCUCUACAUACAAAAAAUUUUAACUCAAAAAGUAAAAUAACAUAUUUCAUAAAUUUCAUUUGAAUUAAAUAUGUGGUAAGAAAUAAUUUACUUUCAUAACAACAUACGUACAAAACUACGCGUAUUGUUUUGAAUGUAUCACAAUAUUUCUAAAGAAUCAAUGUUAAUAGUUACUUAAAAUUUACAAUUUAUAGCAAAACUGUAAUUACUUGUGUUAAGUAGACUGUACAUUUAGCAGAGUGCUCUUGUAUAAUAUAGUAAAUAUGCUACUAAAUUAACCAUUUCAACACAUGAUAAACUUAAUGUGUAUUUUAUCUAUUUGUCAAAUUAAAAAAAAUCCUUACUCUCCUCAUAAGGCUAGAUUAAGCGGUUUGGGUCAGAAUCCCGAAAACUUAAAAUCGAAAUUCCAAAAAUGUGAGAAAUUUGCGCGAUAUAUAUACAUAGAUCUUUAGAAUAUUGUUUUUUUUUUUUUUGUUUUUGUUGAGUUACAAUUUAUAAUAAAAAUUGUAAUCUUAAAUGUGUGAAACUGUUUGUAUAUUUUAUAAACUGCUUUUGUCUGAUAAUAAAGAAUUUAUUAUUAGAUCGAAGUCAUGUAUGUAAGUUAUCAUAAGUAAUUUUACAUUUCAUUUAAUAUCAUGAAAACACUUAUCCCCAAAAGAACUAUCCGUUAUCGAAAUUUCGACAAAUUUGCGCAAAUUUUUCAUUGCAAAUAAGUUUCCCAGGUUUCAAUUUUGAAUAAAACAUUUUAAACGGAAUUUGUAUGCAAUUGACAUUUAUGAUCAAUAUUUAAUUUACAUAGGUAGAAAAAAAAUGAGAGCAAUGUUAAGCUAAGUACGAACAGUUCUAAAAAUCGAUGAGUAAAAACAAACCUUAAUUACGAUACGGAUACCUUUCCGUAAGGAUGUAACCACCUGUUUAAUUUUGUUUAGCUUUUAUUCCAAUAAGCAAAGAGCUAAAUCAGCGUUUGCUCUUUUAUUGACUCAGAAAAUGAUUGAAAGUCUUACAAAAUCUUAUGUCGUUUUCGAUUGGAAAUCCAGAAGCGUUCAGAAGCAUCCCGAAGUCUUCUGAAAGUGGUUCAUUAGCAAACCCAACUAAAACAUAAAUUAUCAUAGCUCUUAAGGUUCUAAUAAACAUAACAAAUACCAACAGAUUGUAAAAGAAAGUUGUUCUAGACGGGAUUUUAUACAGUUUAAAAAAUCUUUUUUUUGCGAAAAUUUGCAUUUUUUGGAGGCUUCCCGAUUUCGUUUUUUUCCAUUGACGUCUCAAAAUAGGGGACUAGAUUUAGUCCCAGAGAUUAAUUAGCAUAAGUUAUGAAGAGUACAUAGAGAAUUGAAAAAGAUUAAGUCAAUUCAGACGGGUUAUAAUAACUUGCAAAAUGUCGAUUUUCUUAAAAAACGAGCAUUCUUCAGAGGCUUCCCGCUUAGUAUAAAAAUAUAUAGUAUAGUUUGAAAAUAAGUUCAGAAGACCAUAAACUAUGAGUUGCAUGCAGUGAUUUGAAAAAAAAAAUCUCCAAAAACGCUCCACUCUAACGCACAACCACUCGUUUUUAGGUAAAAUCUGGUGUGUUUCCGUGAUCUAGUUUACAUUUCAAAAAAAAAAAAAAAAUAACAAAAAAUGGGAUGGAAUCGUAUAAGGUGAUUUGUGAUCAAAUAAAAUUUUUCCUCUGUGUAAGCUGAUCACAAAUUUUUUUGUAAAAUUGGCAUCACUUUGUGGGAAUACACGAAAAUGGCACACAUCUAUCAAAUUUUCAUUCAAUAAUAAUUUUUUUUUAUUGUGGUUUCGCGUUGUUUUUCUUCAAAUUUUUGUUUUAUUGAACAAAAUAAUAAAAAAUAAUUAAUUUAUAACUAUUCUGUCGUCGCGUGUAACACGUUGUACGGCAUAAGUGUUUCCUUUGUGUUUAAUAAGAAGUGCCCUGUAUCAAAAAAGAAAAGAAUCCAUCUCUGUGAAUGAAAAAAAAAACUUUAUAAAAAAUAAGUUAUGUGCAACUACUCAAACUUCUGAGAACGUUUAUUUUAUAAGGAUUUCUGUGUUUAAUGUCGUUUUCUAUUGACGAGAUUCAGAAUCAUGUAGAAUUCCUUUCAAUUAAUGUCGAAUUCCUUUCAAUGCAAAAAUCGAAUUUUCGGCGAUCUCGAAGCGAAUUUUUUGUGAAAAUCAUGUUCCAUAGAAAAAAAAUUCGCCUCAAACGGAUUUGCACACACACUUGGAACAUUUGACAUUUCUUAAACGUCAACCUGAAAGAUUCCUUCGUGUUGUUUGUUUAUUUGAGAAUACCAACUUCAAAUAAAGAGUAAAUUAUAAUGGAAUAUCGUGUUUUUAUUGCGGAAAAAUAUGAAAUAAAUAAAAAAAAAACAAUGUGCGAUCAAAAUAUAAUUUUUCUUGGCAUAGUUCUUGUGAAAAAGUCAAAUUACUGUGACUUUUCUUCUCGUGAUUAUCUUCGGGAAUUUUUUUUCUCUGUAAAACCACAGCAUACGGCCAAAUAAUUAACCUUUUACUUCAUCUUCACUCAGAUCUUAAUAAUAUCCGCAAUUUCCUAUUGAUUUGGAUUAAAUUUAAUAUAUAUUACCGAAGCGAAUAAACAAAAUUAUUGAUCAAAGGAACCUUUGGUUUUAUUUUACAGAAAUUGUUUUGAUUUCAGCUUGACGUUCGUGUAAAAAUUGUUGUCAAAUGACACACACACAAUCGCAAAAAGAAUUCGGUUUGUUUUCAUGUUCCUUUUUUACACAAAAAAUUCUAUUUUUUUGAGGCGAUUCUAAUGUCGAAUUCCUUUCUAUUUUUUGAAUCGCCUCAAAAAAAUCGAAUUUUUGGUGUUAAAAAGGAACAUGAAAACUAACCGAAUUCUUUUUGCGAUUGUAUGUGUGUUAUUUGACAAUAAUUUUUACACGAACGUCAAGCUGAAAUCAAAUCAAUAAUUUUGUUUAUUUCCUUAGGUAAUAUUAAUUUAAUUUUAUCAAAAUCAAUAGGAAAUUGGAGAUACUAUUAAGAUCUGAGCGAAGAUGAAGUAGAAGGUCAACUAUUUUAGCCGUAUGCUUUGGUUUUACAGAGAAAAAAUUUCCUGAAGACAUUCACGGGAAGAAAAUUCACAGUAAUUGCACUUUUUCACAAGAAGUAUGCCAGGAAAAAAUAUAUUUUGAUCGCACAUUGUUUUUUUUUAUUUAUUUCAUAUUUUUCCGCAAUAAAACACGGUAUACGAUUAUAAUUUACACUUUAUUUGAAGUUGGUGUUCCAAAUAAACAAAUAACAAGAAGAAAACUUCCAGCUUGACGUUUGAGAAAUGUCAAAUGUUCCAAGUGUGUGUGCAAAUCCGUGUAAAUCUUUCAAAAAAGAGGGAUUAAAAAAAAUUCGAAUUCUGCUUCGUUUGAGGCGAAUUUUUUUUCUAUGGAACACGAUUUUCAGAAAAAAUUCGCUUCGAGAUCGCCGAAAAUUCGAUUUUUACAUUGAAAGGAAUUCGACAUACAAAAUCGAAUUUUCGGCGAUCUUGAAGCGAAUUUUUUCUGAAAAUCAUGUUCCAUAGAAAAAAAAUUUGCCUCAAACGAAGCUGAAUUCGAUUUUUUUUUAAUCCCUCUUUUUUGAGAGACAAUUCUCAAACGUCAAGCUGAAAGUUUUCUUCGUGUUGUUUGUUUAUUUGAGAACACCAACUUCAAAUAAAGAGGAAAUUAUACUCGAAUAUCGUAUUUUUAUUGCGGAAAAUUAUGAAAUAAAUUAAAAAAAAAAACAAUGUGCAAUCAAAAUAUAUUUUUCCUAUCAUACUUCUUGUGAAAAAGUCAAACUAAUGUGACUUUUCUUCCCGUUAUUGUCUUCAGGAAAUUUUUUCUCUGUAAAACCACAGCAUAUGGCCAAAAUAAUUCACCUUCUACUUCAUUUCCACUCAGAUCAUAAUAAAAACUGCAAUUUCCGUUUGAUUCUGAUUAAAAUAAAUUUAUAUUACCGAAGAAAAUAAACAAAAUUAUUGAUCAAAGGAAUCUCUGGUUUUAUUUUGCAGAUAUUGUUUUGGUUUCAGCUUGACGAGCGUGUAAAAAUUGUUGUCAAAUGACACACAUACAAUCGCAAAAAGAAUUCGGUCUGUUUUCAUGUUCCUUUUUAACACCAAAAAUUCGAUUUUUUUGAGGCGAUUAAAAAAAAUUGAAAGGAAUUCGACAUCAGAUUUGUGAUUCUGACAGCUGAAAGAAGGGGUGAAGAGGGGAACUAUCUGUUAUAAACCAACAAAGAUCCCACAAAAAUUGCAAAAACUAUAUUUUUCUUUUUAUAAAGCUUUUAACAUAUUUUUUAGAUAUUGCUUUAUCGAAAUAGUUCACCAUAAUUCUAAUGAAUGGCACCAAUAGUUUUUAAUUGGCAGUUAAUGUUGAAAGUUCGGCUUUUUUUGAAAACAAGCAAAUUUCUGUAAAAACUACGAAAUUCAGAAAAAAUAUUUUUCCUGCACAAACUAACGGGGUUUUAUUUUUGGAUUUUAGGAAUGCGCCUAAAAAUAAAUGUUAGAUAGUUUUUUGUAUGAAAUUUUGCAUUUAUAUACAAAAAUAAAUUAUUUAAAUUUAUUUUCUCACUCCGUUAAUUUCGAAAUAACUAAGUAUAUAUUCAAGAUAUAGAAUUUUUAAAAAAUACGUGUUUUUUUAUAGCUAAAGACAAGUCGAUCGACAUUAUUAAUUUUACAAUUUGCGAUCUUGGGUUACAAGGGGUUAACGAAAUCUUGAACGAAAUUAAAUUUGUUUGUUUUUGCUUUAAAACUUAUUUUCUCAUAUUUUUUCUUGAAUUUUUUGAUUUGUAUUUUUUAUUAUUUUUACUUUGCUAUAAUACCCGAUGGUAUUUUUUCAACAAUCACUCCCGUUUGGUCCUCAAAAAAGCCAACUUUGUCUUACAUCGCCUUCACCCUCUUAUGAAAAGAAGAACAGGAUUAAGUCAACCAACGAAUCUUUUGAUCUACAAGCAGCUUCUGCGACCAGUCAUUGCCUACAGCUUUCCGGUAUGGUACACCAUCUCCAUGACAGCCAUGGAGGAACUACAAAUGUUCGAGAGAAAAUUACUGAGGAUGUGCACCGGACUUUAGAGCUGUAGCAAAUCGUAUGUAUUCGUUACUAAAGUGCAGGUAUUCACUUCAGUAACGAGUAACGAAACCUUACUUUCUAAACAGUAUGGUAUGGUAUGUUUCGUUACUGGGUACUGAAGUAACGAAACAUACGAGUAACGACGCGAUUCCAAUUUCAAUACUAAAUCCGAUGUAUGAGAUACGAAACAAAGUGAUACACACAAUUUGUCGCAUUUCGAAUCUCGUAUCGGUAUCGUUACCGUAGUCAUAUAAUGCUAACUCCAGAUAAUUAUCUGGAGUUCACUUUUGUCGCGAUAAAACAGCAGUGCCAAGGAUUAGGAAUGGACCGAUAUUUCAGUAACAGGUAUUGGAAAGUAGCAAUAACAACUUGCUAAUCAUCAGGCAAAAUAGCUGUUACCGAAAUAACAGUUAAUAUUAUCAUAUCUAGCAGGAUGUUCUGUCGGUUGAGGUGUCAUGGGGUCUUUCCGGAAUAAAACUCUGACACCACAGGAUAGUUUUAAAUAGUAGUUUUAUUGAACUAUCGAAGAUUAAUAAAAUAACAAAGUCUGGAACUACUUCUAUUGAAUGGUAUUACUGUAGUGUUCGGUGUUCCUUCUCUUUUCUAUUAUGCGGUUGGUGUUCCGCAGUUAUUACAGAAGAGGAAGUAUAACUACAAAUAUACUCCCAGAAAAGUAGCCAAGGAUAAGAAGCGGUAAGUGUUACCUCUGUAGUAUCUUGACUCUUUCCUGGUCAAAUCGAAAGUGAUUUAAUUCUAGUUUUAGCUCUCCUUUUAUAGGCAGAAAACAUUGAAAAAAAUAUUAAUUUAUAAGGAGGCUUUGAUAUUUAGAAAAUAAAAAUAAAUAAUUAUAAAAAUUAAAAUUAUAGUCAAAGUCGAUAAAGUAAUAAAACUUUCAUAGAAACAAACAAAAUUUUAUAAACAAGAUUUAGAAUGAGAGCCAAAGGUUAUUUGAAUUCUAAUAUUAAAACAAUCAAUUGUUUAAAAAUUACUUUAAAUUAAAUUAUUUUUUUUUUUUGCAAUCCAAAAAAAAUGUAGGUAUAAAAGCUUGAUAAAAUGAAAAAUACUUACUAAUAACCCAAACAACUUUCUCUUAUCCUUCAAUAAAACUAAUUUUAUCGGUAGUAAUCACGGUUGCCGGAGUGGGUAGGAUCCUACCAAACUGGGUAGGUUUUUUUACCUUGGGUAGGUUGGUAGGUUUGAAGUCAAUUUGGUAGGUUUUUUCAAGUUCUUUCUCUAAAAUAAUUUUAUUUUUAAUAAUUGACAAAAAAAAUUGUAAUUGUGUCAAAUCUACCCAAAAUAUUUGUGCCAAACAAAUGUGCCCAUCUAAACCGAGAAUAAUGAUAUUAAGUAGUGUAUGUAAACGCAGUAUCCUCAUUGUUGGUGUAUGGUGUCUGAACUCAUCCAUUUUCAUGUUUUGUGUUGACACUAACUUCACAUUCUUGAUUAGUGAUUUCUACAAAAUGGCAUUACAAUUUUAUUUUAAAAGUUUUUUUCCAAAAAAUUAUUUAUAAAAAAUUGUUUUUUUAAAAAACGGCUCUAACAAUUUUGAAAUUUUUUUUUCUAAAAAUGCACGUUUAUAUAUCAAUCAGAACUGCAUACUUGUUUUGGAGGGCAAUUUAAUUUUAGAUUUUAUUUUAUUUUUUUAAACGAAUUUUAUUUUUUUUUGCCAAAUUUCUAUAUAAAAAGUCUUAAAAAUUUAAGCAACUUUAACUCCAAGAGCAAGUUCGUGCGACCCAGUCGUGCAUUUUAUUUUUUUAAACAAGAAUUUAUUCUCUUAAAAUCAAAAAUUUUCGUUAGGUAGGUUUUUCUUUGAAUUGGUAGGUUUUUUUGGAAACUUUGGUAGGAAAUUUUUUAUGCGAGUGGCAACCGUGGUAGUAAUCUGUAAUACCUGUUACUCGGAUGUUCUUUUUUAACAUGUUAUAUCUUUUGAUCUAAAGCAAUAAAAAGGUAACAAUCUAAAUUUUUGAAAGUUUCACUUCUACCCCGUGUGAAUUGAAUUGCACACGUGUUUUUUUUAAGGUUGAAAAACAGAAUUGAUCUAUUUUUUUUGUUAUUUAAAAAGAAGGACAUUAUUUAAAAAAAGAAGAAGUAUAAAACACGAUUUUUAUGUUUUUCUUGGCGUUACUUUUGUUCAAUGUGUUUCCUAACGAUUAUUUUUUUUUUCUUAAGGCAUAGCUUAAACGAGAAAAAUUGCUCAUAAGUUGAAAUACUAUAAUUUUCUAAAUAUAUUUUCAAAUAUAUCUUCCUACCUAUACCUCUUUUUGAGCUAAAAUCAAUUGAAGAGCUAUGUUUAACAUUAAAAUUUAUUUUUCGUAGAUUGUGCAUGAAAAAUACCUAUUUAUUCUUAUUCAAUAUUUUCAUAUUUAAACAUACAUUUCGGGAACAAACUACAAUUUUUUGUAGGCUGUCAAGAAAACAAAAUUUUAUGGUAUUAUAUGAUUUUUUAUAUUUGAGUUUUUGAAAAAUUUGUUUUCAAAUUAAAAAAAAACUGCAAAAAAUUGUAGAUUUAGGUACCUAUAAAUAACACUGGUCUGCAAGGAAAUUCUCCUUUUAAUAAAACUAUACUUUUCUAAAGGAUUUUUGUAUGCUGAUUCCGAAUCUGAAGUCAGAAUUGGCCUAGCACGUCACGUUUCUCAAAAACCCAUUUUGUUGCUGUUUUCGAAGAAAUAUAUUUGGCAUAAUUACUCCAGUCAAAGCGUCGGAAAAAAGGGCCUAACCUUGCGCACAGAGGCACUGUCAGUUUUUAUUUCAUGGAUCGAUAGGGGUAUAUUUGAAAAGCUUAAUCCCAAUUUCUCACCACCUGAUCAUUCUUUUUAGCGGAUUUAUUCACAAAAAUGCAUUUUUUGGGAUAUUUUACUUCUAAGCUAAUAUCUUUGCUAAAGAUUAUCGUAGACCAAGAAAUAAACAUACAUUCUCUUCCUUAUAAUAUUUUCUAUCGUUGUAUGUAAUUUCAUUGUAUGUGAGUCAAAUUCUUGUUGUUAAAAAACACAUUUUUGAAAAAAGCUUAUAUCAUGAUUGACAUCACCAAAGAUGGACGAGCAAUUGAUAAAUGAACGCAUGCAAAACCGGUGCGAAAACACCCAAAAAUAUCGUUUUUUGGGAAUAACUCGGCUCCAGAAUGUCCUACGACAAAAAAUAAAGCUAUUGAUUGUUCGUUACAACAUUUUCUAUCGAUAGGUUAGAAAAAUGUUAAUCAUGAUAUAAGCUUUUUUCGAAAUAAUGACAAAAAUGUGUUUUUUAACAGCAAGAAUUUGACUUUAAAUGGCUGCCAUUUUGUAUUUACUCACAUACAUACAUACAAUGAAAUUACAUAAAACGAUAGAAAAUAUUAUAAGGAAGAGAAUGUAUGUUUAUUUCUUGGUCUACGACAAUUUAGAGCAAAGAUAUUAGCAUGGAAGUAAAAUAUUCCAAAAAAUGCAUUUUUGUGAAUAACUCCGCUAAAAAGAAUGAUCAGGUGGUGAGAAAUUGGGUUUAAGUCUUAUUAUUAUUAUCAAGGAACUUUUAAUACCUGUUACUUGCGAUAAAAUUCAUUUUUUAUACUUGCAGUUCAGGCGAAUAGUCUGUUUAAAAAACAAAUGCUCCUAUAAUACCUGUUAAGGCUUAACUACAUACACCAGGGUAAUUCCAUGAAAAAGUGGACACGAAUUUUGAACAAAUUAUGCAGUCUUUUUUACUUUUUGUAAUAGCAAAUUACUAUUUACAAACGGUAACACUUUAUGCAAGUUGCAAGAAAAAAUUCUUUGUUGUAUUCCCUUAUGGAUAGAAAUUAAAUUCAAGGAGAAUAAAUAAUUUUAAAGCAUUUAUAAAGCAUAAGCUGCCAACUACAGAAGAAUUUCACAUGAAAAUGACGGAAAAACAAGCCCACAGAAAAUUGGAUGAAUCUAAUAGUGACCAUGACAAUAUGCCCCCGUGAUUGCUAAAAUAAAUUAACAUUUAAGCAAGCUUCGUUACACAAUAUUCGAUUUAAAAAAAACUUGAGUGAAAAUGCAUCUUUUCUUUACUUUUGGAACCACAAAUCGCAGGUAACAUGAGUUACCAAAAUAAUGUAGCGUGAGUUACCUAAACAUUUUAAAAUUUUUCCUCGAAAUAUCGAAUAAAUGUUUGGUUUUGUCACUAAUAUUAAAAGUUUGUAUUUUUUUAUGUAUGGAAUCUUCAUUUAAAACCAAUUAAGAUUCUUAAUUUCACAGAAAAACUUCAUACUGUGGGACUCUUAAAUCUCGUGUCCGAUUUUUGUAACGUGAGUUACCAUCAUACUUUUAUUUAUCCCAAGCAAAUACUAAAAUUAAAGAAAAAUUUUUUUGUUAAUUAUGAAAGUAAUAGUUAUGCUCCGUUCAUGGAUAGUAAUUUCGUAUCAAUUUAUAUUAAAAUUAACAAAAAAAAAAUUAUUUAUGGAUCGGAAAUUUUUGUGAAUGUAACGUGAGUUACCAUGGAAUUGCCCACCACUUUUUGAAAAAGUACAAAAGUGAAAAUAUUUUUUUUCUGGCAAGCGCAAUUGUUUUGUGAAAAAGAGUAUACAAAUUGUUUAUUAGACAAAAAAGGAGGCUUUCUGCAUCAUACCACUGGACAAGUAUCUACUGCAAUCGGCGAAGAUAGUCAGCUAUUACAUGAAGCCUCAAGAGGCGCGCCUCUUUUCAAAACCAAUGAGUGCAAAAGAGAAAGAAGAUAAAACAAAAAAUUAUCCGACCGGAGAGUCGUGGGCCAAAAUUCCGAGACUCUUUUUUGACGUUUCUUUUUCCACUCUUUCUUUUUUCAACAUUCCCUUUCAUUUCUUUUUGCUUCUUGGUGGAAUACAACAACAACAAUACUGAAAUCAAAAAAGAAAUGUCAAAUUUGAGUCUUUGACUCAAGAGGCAUCGUGUAAUAGUACGCGCCUCACAGAAUGAUUAUCAAAAGAAAAUUAGAAAAAAGAGUCAAGCCUCUUGAGGCUUCAUGUAAUAGCUGACAUACUUGUAGGAAAUAUUGGGUGCGUUCACGUACCGAUCCAAGGGUAUCCGGAUACCUUUGUGUUGUUGUAAUCCUAUAUAAAAUCUCAGCUGAUCGUAAACAUGUGUUGGCAAGCAAAAAAAUCCAAAGGUAUCCUAAAAAUUUCUGGAUUCUCGUUUAUCUUAUGGGAGAUUUGAAGAACAGCUGAUUCGUGUUCACAAACGUAUCGGAUACUUAGGUAUCUUGGAUAGGGUAUCUGUGCGUACGUGAACGCACCCAUUGCCAAUCACCCCAAUCAGCUGAUGAGAAGAAUGACAGCCCAACAACGACAUUCCGAACCUAGGUACCUUUGCGCUUUGGAUAUACUGGAAGAGCACAUAAUUUCAAUGGACGACGAAGAAGUUUUACGCCGACACCCAGUCGGCAUACUACCGCGGCUAAACGCCAACCAAACCAAGAACCAACCCAACAACUGGACAUCCGGGUCUGAAGACACCGAGGACAACCUAAGCCAGAACUAUAAUUGUCGGAUCGUCGGAUGAAAACGGAGGGGAACAGCGCUCGCAACCGCACUCGACGGAUGAAAACUUGUCGAAAAUACAAAGGAAACAACAACAAUUGACAGUAGCUUCCGACUCCAUCCGCCAAUUAUGGUUCUGGCUCUACUUAUUAAAUUAAGUGUAUCCAUGUACAGUGCUGCCAUUUCGAGAUUUAAAAAAGACAUGAUAAAAAACAUGAUUUCAGUUGAAAAAACAUGAUUUAUAAAAAAAGCAAAAACUGAUAGAAAGUGAAUAUCCACAUCGUGACUAGGGGGGAAUAAAACAAAUUAUUUCGAGUUCAUUUUAGAAAAUAUUAUUAAUAAAGUAUCAAAGGUAUAACUACACAGGGUACUUUUUGCAAAAAGUCUUAAAGUGAAAAUUUUCAAACUCAUUUUAUGGUGCAGAAAUCAUAGAUAUUGGCUUCAAAAAUUAAGUUUAUAGUAUUUUUUCCGGGGAAAAUUACCUUUUGUAAGAAAAAAUAAAUUAUUUGCUUUUUUAAUUUUCCCACUUUUUUUCAAAAGGUGGCCAUUGUAGUUAUAACUUAAAUUACAAAAAUGGCAGGAAUAAAACUUGAAAACAUACAUCAGUUUAUAAUUUGUGCUCAUUUACGGCCAUAUUAUUCACUAGUUUAAAAAAUACAUCUGGAUGUAAGGAAAUUGAUAUGUCAAAAAUAAAUCCAAAUCCAUAAUAUUCACUAUCAUACAGAGAAAAAAGUCAUUUUUAACUAUUUUCAUAGUUAAAAUCGAGAUAACUAUUUUGGAUUUGGAUUUAUUUUUGACAUAUGACAAUUUUACAUUAAGAUUUAUUUUUUAAACUAGUGAAUAAUAUGGCCGUUAAGGUUAAUUUCAUAUACCUAUACAUAGUUCAUGUAGGUAUUGAAUAACUAAUUGAAAAAAACAGUUCAUCUAGUGAAAAAGAUUGUUGGUUUAUAAAUUGUUGGAUUAUAAAGAUUUUUCUCUAGGAUUGAAAAAAAAAACAUGAUUUUGGGUACGAAAACAUUAAAACAUGAUUUUAGUUCAAAAAACAUGAAAAUCAUGCUAAAUCAUGAUUUCUGGCAGCCCCGUCCAUGUAUUAUAUUUCUUAAAAUUUUUAACUUUGUCAUUGUUUAACGUUAGGCCCACUUUGUGCCAACAAAAUUUUGUAUCUCAAAAUAUUUUAGAAAUAAGUUAUUUUAAGUGAGUUGUAAAUAGCAAGUUCAAUAAACCAAAAUUGAAUUGAAUUGAUGGUAUUUUUUCGUUAACAUGUUCGCUGUUGACUUCGGAGACUUCAAAAUUUUUCGUUUCGCUUCAGCUGAGUACUAGGCUUUAAACAAACAAAAACAAUAGGGGUAUUCACGAUAUGGUGCAACAGGUCUAGUAAAAGUGUAAAAUUUUAUUUUUUUACAAUAGAUCGUGAACGCACCUCUUCUUAUCUAUAGUAAAUAUUGAAUGGAAUCCAUGAUAUGAAUUAUAUAAGCUUCACUCUUUUUUUUUUACGGAGUUGUCUUUCCACCGAUGCUUCUUCUUUUUUUUCAAUUUUUUUAUAAUUUCAUUCUUUGUUGUGUUCGGGUUAAUUUAUUUUCACAAAUUACAUCAAAAGAAACAAAAUAAAAAAGAAUAAGAAUAAAAAAGAUAAACUGUUCAUCAUGGGCGACACGCGACGGCGAGCUGCCAUCUGUCAAAAAAAUUUUACACCAUUGUAUUUUUAUUUUGCAAUAGGGUUAGGGUAUAGCAAAAGUGCAAGACCAUUGUAAAAUUUCAAUCCAUAUAUUUUGUUGUUGUAGUGUUGCAAGAUUUUACACUUUUGCAAUGAUACAAGACCAGUUGCAUCGGAUCGUGAAUACCCCUAAUCUCAAAUCGUUGACCGGAAUUUGAGAUUUCAUGGAGAAAACAAGGCAGUCUCCAAAUGUUAAGGAAGUUCAUACCAGAAAAAAAUAUCAUAUUUUUAUUGCAGAAAAACGUAAUAAUUUUGUAUUAAUGAAUUUUAUGCUUCAAUAAAAUAAAAGAUUGAAUUAUAAGGGGUAUUCACGUAAACGCGGAAAAACCAUAGAAACCGUAGAAUUUUCUAUCGGUAGAAAUGAGCUGUCAAAAUUUGUAUCGGAAAAAUAUUCGGGCCGACUUUCCAUUAAGGGCGCACACCUAGAGUUCUGAUUUUAUUUUUUACAGUGAGCUUAGGGUCUCAAUAGAAUACCUUAAAAAUAUUAAAGUUAGGAAACACCCGUAAAUAUGAUUAAAAAAUAAAUAUUUAAAUUUUUCAUACAAAAUGUAUGCAAAUGACAACCACGAAGAAUUUGAAUUUGAAGUAUAUAAAAGUGAGAUGGGUAUGGGGGGGCAUGCUGCCCCCAUGCUUGGGCUCACUAUGCGAUUUGAGAUGGGGACAAGCUUUUACACACAUACAGUAGGUCUGUUCCAGACUUUUUGUGCACUAAAUUAGGCAGUCUGUCAAAUUAAUGAGAGUUGGGAGAGAAUUCUCUCAGUAAGAAAUAAAACUACGAAAGACUGCCAAAAAAUCUGGAACAAGUUGAACACCAUUAUACAACACAAUUUAAUAUUUUAUGCUUAAUUCGAUAAACAUUAACACUUUUUUAAUGCAAAAAACACGUAAACGCGAUUCAAUUUAAAAAUCAAUUCAAUUUGAUUUGUUUUCUUCUUUAUUUAUUUGUUUGACAUACGUCAACUUAUCAUUUGACAGAACUCAUAUUUCUGCCGGAAGAAAUUCUUUGGGCUAAAUUUGUCAGGGUGGGGAAAUUUUUUACUCUCUCGUGAGUGCUCUCUUCUACACAAUUUUUGAAGUUGGGAACAGACUCUGACCAAAAAUAACCAAAUAUUACUGAAUUCGGCAGUUGCAAACUGAGUGUGGAACGGACCUAGUAUCGACAUCUUCUCGCUAAAUAUUUCAUUUUUUUUUUUGCAGUUGGUAUGAAUGUGACAUUUUUUGUCAGUGAAAAAAAAAUUAUUGAACAAUAGAUAAAAACAAAUUCUUGAAAUAAAUAAUUCAAGACUUUACGAAAAUCAGAAGUCAAAUUCCACAAACUAAACAAUUCUACAGUUUUAGACAACGCAAAAUUUUUGUUUGGCAAAAUAUAAGGAUGAAGCCUUAACUACAUUGGCUCAAAAAGUGAAAAAGUACAAAAGUGAAAAUUUUCAAACUCAUUUUUGUAUAGUUUUUCGGCCUACAAAAUUAAAAAAAUGAUGCAGAAAUCUUAUUUUUUGGUCUAAUAAACAAUUUGUAUACUCUUUUUCACAAAACAAUUGCGCUAGCCAGAAAAAAAAUAUUUUCACUUUUGUACUUUUUCAAAAAGUGGUGUAUGUAGUUAAGCCAUAGAGGAAGGAAUACCUAGAGACCCGACUCGUACCCCCCUUGCCUAAAACACCCGCAAAUUUAUUUGGAUUGAAGGGUUUGGGAUUUUGUAACCCUGUUGACAUCGACCUGAUCAAGCUCAACCACUCUGAACGAACAACUAAUUGAAUCGUUCAUGGCUGGCCGUGGACUCAACCGCAUGAAGAAAUUAUUUGUUUGUAUGUAAAACGAUGCCAUGUCCAAUCUUAUUUCUCUAUUGUGAUGAUUAAAAUGUAAUUGAGUCCCAAA